AUGGCAGAUCUGCUCCGCGAUCUUGACAGCUGGCAGAAGCUGGCGGAAGCGGCGCGGCCGGGCGGCGGAGGCGGGGGUAGAACCCGCGAGGGGCGCGAGUCUGAAAAGGGACGGAGGAAGGAUAAAGAGGCGGGGAAAGCCAAGGACGGCACAGCAGCAGCAGCCAAGAAGAAAGCCAAGGGCAAACCCAGCAGCGCAAGCGACAAAUCAGCACAAGCCACAUCAUCGCCGUCACCGUCAUCAUCCGCAACAGCACCAGGAGGAGCAGGAGGGACGGGAGAAGGGCGGCCGAUCAGGCACACAGUGGACUACUUUCGAGAACACUGGGUUCUGCCCCCCCCUGCUGUGAACGCUGAGCCGUCCACGUCAGCGCCAGGCUGGAACGUCGGUUUCUUAGGUGGCGGCAGCAAGAAGCCAGCAGGGCAAGGCAGAGCGACAGGAGCAGCAGCGGGUGGGAAAGCAACAGGUGGGGGGGCAGCAGGCGGAGCAACGGCAGGUGGGGGAGCAAGAGGAGUGGAAUCGAAAGCAACAAGAGCAGGGGGAGGGGGAGGGAGCAGCGGUGGGGGAGGAGCAGGGGCGAUUGGGGAAGCAGGAGGGGCAGCGGAGCUGAUCGGCAGACUGGCAGCAGCAGCGGAUGUUGGGGGGGAGGGGGAUGCGGGGGAGAUUGGGGGUGUGGGGGCGGGGAGGGGAGGCAUGGAGGCAGCUGCUGCAGCGGAGAAGGAAAGGGGCAACGAGCAUUUCAAGGCCGGUCGAUUCGAGGACGCCCUCUCCUGCUACUCCCAGAGCAUCGCCCUCCAUCCCACUGCUGUUGCCUUUGCCAACCGAGCCAUGGCUGCACUGAAACUGGGCAGGUACGAGGAGGCCGAGGCAGACUGCACAGAAGCAUUGGAUCGGGACGAUGAGUAUGUGAAGGCAUUAGCAAGGAGGGCCACUGCUAGGCUGAAGCUUAGUCGACCCGUAGAGGCACUCCAAGACAUCAACCAAGGCCUAUCACUUGAUCCUGGCAACAAGGAGCUGCUGAAGCAGCAGGCACAGACGAACGCUCUACUGCAGAAGCAGGCCAAGCAGGGAGUGGGUGUGAUUGCCAAGGCGCUCAAGCGAGGAACAGCAAGCGGUGAGGUUGUGCUGCCUGGGGUGUCAGGGGUGUCAGGGGGAGCAGGAGGAGCAGGACCAUCAGGAGCCGCUGUGACUAUUUCAGGGCUUACUGCGGAUGUUACAGGAGAAAAGGCGGUUCUGGAAAUAAAGGAGGUUAAGGGGAUUCAGAAGACUAAAAAUAUUACUGGGGUAAAAGAGAUUAAGGAGGAGGAGGUGAAGGAAAUUAUGGAUACCAAGGAGAUUAAGGGGGUAAAGGAGAUUAAGGAGGUGAAGGAAGAGAAGUCGGUUACAGAGGUUGAGAGGGGUGCAGAGAGUUCAGAGGCCACAGAAGUUGGUGGGGUAACAGGGGGUGGAAGGGUCACAGGGGGUGCAGAGGCGGAGGGAGGUGCUGGGGAAGGGGGGGGUGGGGAAAGGGGUACAGAGGUAGGUGCGGAGGGAAGUGGGGGGAGUGUAAGGAUCAGUGAUGGUACACAGGGCGAUACACAAGCGGAGGAACCCGUUUCGUCUGGAGCAGAGAAUAAGGGAAAGGCAGAACACGAGGAGAAGGAGGAGGAUGAGGCACUAGGAUCACAGCUGGAGGGAACGCAGGAGUCCCUCCCGCCUUCCCGCCUCUCAACCAUCUUCAAGGAUUCUCUCUCUCCGCCUCUUCUCGCUGCAGUGCUCUCCAUCAUUCUUUCAACCCUAUUCAGCACGGAUGCCCCAACAGCAGUGGCUCUGCUCUCUGCCUUCCCGUCUGUGCUGCGCUUCCCCAUCCUCCUCGUCUGCAUGUCUGCUGCUGACAAGCAACGUCUGUCCAAGCUGUGGGACGAGGCACUUGCUGCUUCCACCCCUGCCACUGUCACCCACACCACUCUGCAGCAGCUGCGCUCAGCUUACAAGCUCUAA